UAUCACUUCCUCCUUUUUUGCAGCUUUUCAAGUCAGCAGCUUAAAUACAUUCCGGCCGGUUCCUGGAGGCAAACGCACUCUGAGCUUUGGUGAUGACAAAUGAAUUUGUAUGUAGAAUAUCUACCGCAAAAGGAUUAAAAGACUGAAGCCUCCAAAUAAGUGUUAAAACAAUACAGGAUUCACUGCUUGAGGAAGCAAACAAUCCUAAGCUUCUAAACAAAUAGGAAACAAAUGAAGUUCUUAAAGUGAAGGUCAGACAGUAACUGUCAAUAUGAAUGAUUGCUCCAAUGAAGAUAGUGAAAUACCUGAUUCCCCAACCUUACCAGAAGAAGCAGAACAUUCUGAGAGGAAAACAAGUGUAACAGAUGGGGCCAAAACAACACAAAGUGAAAGCUGUGCUUCAAACAAAAAGAACAUGCAUGCCGAAGGCUCCCAAGAAGAUGGUCAAAUGAUAAGUCAACCUUCACCAACCUUAGCAGAAGAAUUGGAACAUACCAAGAUUAAAGCGAAUAAAACAGAUGAGGAAAAUGGUCAGGUAAUAAGUAAUUCACCAACCUUACCAGAAGAAGCAGGACCUAUACAGAAUGAAGUAAAUGAAACAGGAGACAGUCCUGUAUGCUACCAUCAUCUUAUGACUACAAAAGAACUUCAGCUUUACUGGGAGAAAGAGAAAUAUGAAGGAAAACCAGUCAAACUACUUUUUCAGAUCCAGUCCACCCGGAUAGCUGAGGACUUUCUUUCUAAGUUUGUGCUGUACAAGAUUGUAAUAAUCAAAACAGGAAGUUUUGAUGGAAAGAAAGUCUUUAUUGAGAGAAGAUACUCUGACUUUGAAUGCCUUCACAGGAAUUUACUAAAAGACUUUAAGGAAGAAAUGGAAGAUGUAGUAUUUCCUAAAAAAGUCUUAAUGGGAAAUCUUACUGAAGAGAUGAUCAGCAAGAGGAUGGUGGCACUUAAAGACUAUCUUGGUGAAUUAUAUGCUAUAAGAUGUGUAAGAAAGUCCCAGAAAUACAUAAUGUUUUUCAUUGAGCCAGAACUGAUAGAAGGAUAUAGCUGUAUACGAGGAGGACAGUACAGUACAGCGAUAGGGAUCUUUCAGCAAGUUGUUUAUCUACAAGAAAAGUUGGUUGAACAUUGUCCAACUUUACUGGUGCCAACUUUGUGUGCAUUAGUUGUAUGCCACAGAGAUAUGAAUCAAUCAGAAAUGGCUUAUGAAGUUGGGAUGAAAGCAAUAGAACUUCUGGAGAAGCACACAAUGCACAAAUAUUAUGUGCCACUAUUAGACGCCUUGAUUUCAUUGGCUUAUAAAACAGGCAAUGACUACAUGACUUUACGGGAUAAAUUACAGAUGUACGAAAUGAAAGUGAAAAGAACAUUUGACUUUGAAACAGUUACUCUGAAAGAGCUUGUAGUACAAGUAUAUGUUAAGGAUUAUUGAUUCAAUUUUAAAGUUUAUGAAAAAUUUUUCUUAUAUAUAUAUAUAUAUAUAUAACAAAUAAAAUCUUGCAGUUUUUACUCUGACCACCAGACUUUGGCGUAGGCUAACCCAUCUUGCUUUAAGUUGAUAACUUUUUAGCAAUCAUCUCAUCAAAGGAUGGAUUACAAGAGCUGCGCUCGCUUCAUAGGCUGUAACUGAUGGCUGCUAUCAGCAGCUGCACACUUACUGUCAAUAACAGAGAACAAGGAUAUCGCUGUUCUCAUUCGGUAACCUCCUUAUUGCUGUGAUCAAUUACAGUCAUGGCACUUGUGCACCCAAAUGACUGUCCCCCUAUCCGAUCGGCACCCUCGCAACAUGUAUAUGAAGGUCUGAUUGGUUUGUUUGCCCCCCCAGAUGUCUGCUAACCUCUCUGUGUGGGUCCUAGGUCAGGUCUGCUGAUGCAGCCUGCUGGGGCCAGGCUCUAUCUGUAUAUCACCAAUAACACUGAGGAAUGCUAUGCAAUAGCAUAGAAUUAUUCAGUGUUAGCAGUCUAGAUAUUGCAUGUAAAAGUCCCCUUCAGGACUGGUGCAAGGAUUUUUUCCACCCUAGGCAAAAGCUAAUUUUGCCACACGUUGACUCCGCCCAUUAGCCAGCCCUUUGACAAGCCCCACCUUAUACUGGGGUGACAUACUGUAACAAACCUCUUUCUCGUGCUGCUGGAUGAGUAAGUGAUUUGGAUGCUGGUUAUCUAGCUUUCUUGCAGCAGGCAGUCCGGUGCCCCCCAUUUAAGAAGGCGCUCUAGGCAGCUGCCUAUUUUGCCAAUAGGCAGAGCCGGCCCUGCCUGGAUGGACUUAACCCCUUAAGGACCAAUUUUAUUUUAGCAUUUUCGUUUAUUUCUCCUCACCUUCUAAAAUCCAUAACUCCUUUAUAUUUCCAUCUACAGACCCAUAUAAGGGCUUGUUUUUUGCGUGACCAAUUGUAAUAAAACCUCUCAUUUUACCAUAAAAUGUAUGGCGAACCCAAAAAAAGUUUUAGGGAGGAAAUUUAAAUGAAAACCAUAAUUGUGCACAUUUUGGAGGGUUUUGUUUUCACACUAUACACUUUACUGUAAAAAUGACAUAUGUUCUUUAUUCUUUGGGUCAAUACGAUUAAAAUUAUACCCAUGGCUAGAUACCUUUAUAUUUUUGUACCACUUUAAAAAAUGCAAAAACUUUUUGUACAAAAUCCGUAAUCUAAAAUCGCCCUAUUUUGACCACCUAUAACUUUUUCAUUUUUCCAUAUAUAGGGCAGUAUGAGGGCUAAUUUUUUGCGCUGUCAUCUGUACUUUUUAUCGAUACCACAUUUGCAUAUAUAAAACUUUUAGAUAAUUUUUUAUUAAUUAUUUUUUAUUUUUUACAUUUACGCCGUUCACCGUACGGGAUAAUUAACAAUAUUUUUUUAAAGUUCGGACAUUUACGCAUGCGGCGAUACCAAAUAUGUUUAUAAAAAAAAAAAGCUUUUACGCUUUUUGGGGUAAAAUGGGAAAAACUGACAAUUUUCAUUUUUAUUGGGGGAGGGAAUUUUUCACUUUUUUUUACUUUUUAUUUUUACAUUUUUCAACUUUUUUCACACUUUUUAUGUCCCAAUAGGGGACUUUCUAUAGCAAUCCUUUGAUUGCUAAUACUGU